ACAGGAUGUCAUUUUCUCAAGCCUGCUUUGGAGAACAACCACUAGACGUCAUUUCUCAGUUUGCUCUGUGCACUGACACUGGAAGAUGCAGUGAUGGUGGGCGGCAGUGAGCGGCAUGAAAGGAGACAGAUUAUUGAGCAUCUGCAGAUGGGGACUGAAAUGAUGGUGUAUCUGCAGAGGUUUGAAAGACUGACUGUCCAAGUCAUUAUGGAGAGCAUGCAGGUGGCCUUGAUACGCUCCGAUGACAGGAUAGUCAGAGUGUUGGACAUUUUUGAGUUCAAGGAGGUUCGCCAGUGGGAGACAUUCAAAGAUUUCCAGCGAUUUAAUGAGUGCAGAGGAAGUAGAUUUCGAAGAAUCUUUUACCAGCCUGAAAAAGAACACCAGCAGAACAGCAAAACCUGUUUCACCAUCUUCUAUGGAUCUGAGUUUAUCUUAAAAUCGCUGAGUCUAAAAGCUGAUUCAGUGGAGGAUGCAGAAAAAUGGCUGAUAGGACUGGAGUUACUCAGACAGGAGAUACUGGAUGCUCAGACACCACAGAUUAUAGAGAGUUGGCUGAGGAAGCAGAUGUACUCGGUUGAUCAAACAAAGAAAAACAGCAUUACCUUGAAAGAGCUCAAGUCUCUUUUGCCACAGAUGAACAUCUCUGCUCCAGGUGGACGUUUUCUGGAGGACAGAUUUGUGGAGAUGGAAGCAAAAGAUUAUUCUCUGGAUUUUCAGCAGUUUCACAAAUUCUACAAUUAUUUAAUAUUUGAAAACCAGAAGAUGUUGCUAGAAGAGUUUGAAAAGGGGCCUGCACCUUUCAUAAUAAGUAAUACUGAUAGUCCUGAAUCUGUAGUUCCAAUCUGUGAUUUUCAAAACGUACUUUUAUAUCUACAGAAGGAGGCCUGGGCCAAAAAUAUUAACCAGGUUCAGGACCUGAUGAACAUUUUCAUCAAUGACACCGUGAGGAAGACCAACAAUUCAGAGCUUACUGUUGGAGAGUUCUUCAGUUUUCUUUUCUCCAAAGAGAACUCAAUUUGGGAUGAGAACUUCUCAGAGAUUUGCCCACUGGACAUGAACAAUCCUCUGUCUCACUACUGGAUCAACUCUUCUCACAACACAUAUUUGACUGGAGAUCAGCUGAGCAGUGAGUCUUCAACAGAAGCUUAUGUGCGCUGCCUGAGGCUGGGCUGUCGAUGUAUUGAAUUGGACUGCUGGAAUGGUCCAGAAGAACCUGUCAUAUUCCAUGGACGGACCAUGACCUCCAAGAUAAAGUUUAAGGAUGUGGUGAAGGCCAUCAAUGAACAUGCUUUUAUAACAUCUGAGUAUCCUGUGGUGCUGUCUAUAGAAGAACACUGUGACAUCAAGCAGCAGAAAAUGAUGGCUCAGAUCUUACGAGAUGUUUUCCAGGACAAGCUCCUGACCGAGCCGCUAGAACCAGAAGCAGAUGAUCUACCCUCACCAAACCAGCUGAAGGGCAAGAUCAUCAUCAAGCACCAGAAAAUAAAAGUGAGCGAUUACACAGUUAAGCUGGUGAAAGAAAAGGGAAACAUGGCUGUAAAAAGAACAUUUGACAGCUUCAAGAAAAUUGGAAACACUUAUAGAGAGAAGAUAAGAAAAGCUAAAGAAAACCGUGCAGUGGAGAAGGAAGGAGAGCUUUGCAUGUGGGAUUCAAUAGAUAAGAGGUUUUACAGGCAUGACUGUGUGCUCUCAGAAAAUAAGCUGUACUAUUCUGAAGAGAAGUGGGAGGAAGACAGUCCUGAGAUUCAGGAAGACUCAGAGCUGCACCUGUCAGAGCCCUGGUUUCAUGGACGGCUGGAGGGAGGCAGAAUAACCGCUGAAAAACUCUUGCAUGAUUUCUGCAAAGGGAAGAAUGGAAAAGAUGGAACCUUCCUGGUGCGGGAGAGUGAAAAGCUCAUCAGAAUCUACAGUAUCUCCUUGUGGACAAGCGGGAGAAUUCAGAACUACAGAAUUUUCUGUUCUUCAGAAAACGGUCGCUGGUCUUUCCACUUGACAAACAAGCAGCGCUUUCCUAGUAUGUGUGCCUUGAUCGAGUAUUACAGACAACAUCUGAUCGAAUAUGAUCGAUUAAAUCUGCACCUCAGUGGUUUCCUGCCUCGGCUCAAUUUUGUGCCUCACCACCAAAUGGGGUGGUUUUACAGUAGCCUGAGAGAAACUGAAGCAGAAGACUAUCUUCUGAGGAUCCCUCGAGAUGGAGCUUUCCUUAUCAGACAAAGAGAAGAACCUGACACCUUUACUCUUUCCAUCAGAGUUGAUGGGGAUGUCGAACAUUAUCAUAUUCACCAACACGACAGCAAGUAUGUGUUGGCAGACGCCUACGAGUUUGGUAGCCUUGAGGACCUGGUUAGCUGUUUUCGUAAUCAGCUUUUCUUCGGCAAGACAAAACUACGCUACCCUGUAACGCCACAGUUAGUGGAGCGCUUCUGUAUGAUGGAUCUCUCAACAUGUGAUCAGUACAGUGAGGUCGCUAAAGACAAUCCUUUAGGUGACCGUUGUAAAGGUGUGGUGGACAUCUCAAAGUGUACUGUUGCAUGCAAAGCCAAACAUGGCAGACCCCUUGUGGUGACCCUUUUGAAUAGGGAGAAUUCGGGGCUAACUGAGUUUACGUGUGAGAUCAUGGAGCAGGUGGAUGAAUGGUACCAGAUGCUUGUGAACAUCAUCCAAAGCGAGCAGAGUUUGGAGAAAGCGAGAAUAUCUGAAAUAGAGUCCAGAACCAAAAUAGCUGUUGAGAUGUCAGACAUGGUGGUAUACUGCCAAUCUAUCAAGAAAAAGACUUUUGAAAAUUACAACUACAAAGAGGUCCGUUCCAUUCCGGAUAACAUGAUUCCAAAAGACGAGAAUGAAACUGCCAUGGAGAAGCCAGACUGCAUUGUGAAGUAUAACCGCAAAGCACUGACCCGUGUGUAUCCCUGCAGCGGCCGAGUUGAUUCUUCUAACUUUGACCCUUGUCCUUCAUGGAAACUAGGUUGCCAAAUGGUGGCUCUCAACUUCCAAACUGCUGAUAAAUUCAUGCAGCUGAACAGUGCUCUCUUCAGUCUGAAUGGAGGAACGGGUUACGUGCUUAAACCAGAGUGGAUGCGAGAUCCAACCAAGAAGAAACCUGCUAAAAAAAUCAUCAUAAUAAGAGUGUUAGCAGCCAGGCAUCUGCCCAAUCCUGACCACAUCGUCAGUCCUUUUGUGCUGGUUGAGCUGUGGCCGUACACAGGAAAUCAAGCAGACGACUGCAUUUUCAAGACUACUUUCUUCAAAGACAACGGACUGAAUCCAGUGUGGCUGGGCCCGAUGAAUCCACCCAAAUGUUUUAAAGUAUACGAGCCAGACCUGGCCUUCCUGCGCUUUGUGGUUUUUGAGCAGGACACAUUCUCGGAUGCUAAAUUUCUUGCACAGGCCACUUUUCCUAUUAGAGGUAUUCGCUCAGGGUUUCGGUCUGUACCUCUGAAGAACAGGUUUAGUGAAAACCUGGAGCUUUCUUCUCUUCUGGUACAUGUACAGCAUUUGGAGGUGUAAAGUAAACAGCAAGUCCUAACCACAAGGAACAGCGGACAUGUCAAUGUGAAUAUGGUGAAAAGCAGCAUGUGGUUUAGUCUUGGUUCUAGAUUCUGGGUUAUUGCGGAAAUAUAUUUUCAGAACUGCAGAGCAGUUAAUGUGAAACUAAAUAAGCUCUAAAUAAAAUGUAUAGGUUAUUUGUGACCCUGGACCUCAAAACCAGUCAAUUUUUUUAAAUGAAGAUUAUACGUCAUCUGAAAGCUGAAUAGAUAAGCUUUGCACUGAUGUAUGGUUUGUUAAAGGGGUCAUCGGAUGCCCGUUUUCCACAAGUUGAUAUUAUUCUUUAGGGUCUUAAUGAAAAGUCUAUAAUAUACUUUGGUUAAUGGUAGUGUAAAACAACACGCUUUUUACCUUGUCAAAAUGAGCUCUGCAAAAAUCUUCCCAUUCUGAUUGAUUGUUCCCUUAAAUGCAAAUGAGCUCUGUGCGCCCCUCUCUUCUCUCUGUGGAAUGACGAUCUUGUUUACUUUAGCCGCAUUUAGCCGCUGAACUUGCUAACUAGCACGUUAUUAGGAAAGGUGAUUGCAGAGAUUCAUCAAAAAACCCUUAUACUCACUUCUGCUGUAAGUGAAGCUGGAUCACGAAUGAUUCGUACGAACAUAGACGGAUAUAUGUAGAUCGGGAGGCGCGUCCCCUUCACAAACAAACGUAAUCCACUGCAUCUUUAGCGGCUCAGAUGUCGGAAAUAAAUGACGACCACUAUGUUCAUUACUACAUCCAGCAACGCAACAUCUCAAUCGCUCAAUCAGAGAUAUUCUUGUCUAAUUUACAUCCCUGCUCCGGCAUCGAAACAAUGGAGGUCUGACUGUUACAGCUGAUGUAGGAGGGGUCUGAGGUAAGACGCUCAUGUCAAUCAACUAUCGUGGGAGCGGCCUCUAUCGGUGUGACGGCACACCGACAGGUAUCUGAGAAUGGCUUGAUUUGAAAAAGGGGAUAUUAUUUUUACACAUGAAAUAAAAAACACUGCAUGGACUUUUUAAUCAUUAUAGGGUAGAUUUGUACAUACACUGCCAACACACAUUAAUGUUCAAACAACAUGUAAAAGUGAACCUUGCAUCCGAUGACCCCUUUAAGAUAGACAAUAUUUGGCCACGAUACAACUAUUUGAAAAUCUGGAAUCUGAGGGUGUAAAAGCAUCAAAAUAUUGAGAAAAUCACCUUUAAAGUUGUUCAAAAGAAGUUCUUAGCGAUGCAUUUACUUGCACUUUACUUGCAAUUACUUAUUAAAAAUAAGUUUUGAUAUAUUUAUGAUAGGAAAUUUACAAAAUAUCUUCAUGUAACAUGAUCUUUACUUAACAUCCUAAUAAUUUCAGGCAUAAAAGAAAAAUUUAUAAUUUUGACCCAUACAAUGUAUUUUUGGCUACUUAAGACUGUUUUUUUGGUCCAGGGUUACAUAUUUGUAUAUAAAUAUGUAUAUUUGUUCUUGUGCUCCUGUUGUGUUUAUAAUAAGAUAAUUUCCUUUUUUCUCUAAUGUAUCAUUGUUACAACUUCUCAAAAUAACAAUAUAAAGAGUGAAUAUGAAAAUAUGAAA